AGAUGGAUAAUCUGGCGUUAUGUGAAGCAAACAAUGUUCCUCUAACACCCAUAACGUUCUUGAAGAGAGCUUCAGAAUGUUAUCCAAAUCGAACUUCCAUAAUCUAUGAAGAAACUCAUUUCACUUGGCCUGAGACCUAUGACCGUUGCUGUCGUCUUGCCGCUUCCCUCCUGUCUCUUAAGAUUGCGAAGAACGAUGUAGUGUCUGUUCUGGCCCCAAACAUACCGGCCAUGUAUGAGAUGCACUUUGCCGUUCCCAUGGCUGGAGCUGUCCUCAAUCCUAUAAACACCCGUCUAGAUGCUAAAUCCAUUGCCGCAAUCCUUGGCCAUGCCCAGCCCAAGAUAUUAUUCAUAGACCGUAACUUUGAGCCUCUGCUUCGAGAAAUCCUCCAUCUACUACCAUAUGAUGACUCAUUAAACCUGAUUAUCAUAUUCAUUCAAGACGAGUCGACCAAUUUCACUAAAAGGGGUUCGACCAAGGAGUUAGACUAUGAAGAUCUCAUUCGUAGGGGAAAAACUACAUCCUCGUUGGUAGCACGUAUGUUUCGUAUUCAAAACGAGCAUGAUCCAAUCUCGUUGAACUACACGUCUGGUACCACGGCCGACCCUAAAGGUGUGGUGGUUAGUCACCGCGGAGCAUAUUUGAGCUCUUUGAGCGCGAUUAUGGGUUGGGGAAUGGGGACAUGUCCGGUCUACCUUUGGACUCUGCCUAUGUUUCAUUGCAAUGGAUGGACUCUGACGUGGGCAGUGGCAGCGCGUGGGGGCACCAACGUGUGUAUCAGGCACGUGACUGCCCCAAAGAUCUUUAAGAACAUAGCAUUGCAUCGCGUGACGCAUAUGUGUUGUGUUCCUACGGUCUUCAAUAUUCUCCUGCAAGGAAAACCGCUUGAUCUAUCAAAGAGGUCAGGACCGGUUCAGGUGCUUACCGGAGGUUCAUCGCCUCCCGGUGCACUUGUUACUAAAGUUCAGCGUCUGGGGUUUCAAGUAAUGCAUGCCUAUGGGCUUACGGAGGCCACCGGUCCAGCUCUCUUUUGUGAGUGGCAAGAAGAAUGGAACAGGCUACCCGAGCAUCAAAUGAUGAAGCUGAAGGGAAGGCAAGGGGUAAGUAUCUUAAGCCUAGCUGAAGUUGACGUGAAGAACACAAAAACUCAAGAGAGUGUCCCACGCGACGGGAAGACGAUGGGAGAGAUUGUCAUCAAGGGAAGCAGCGUAAUGAAAGGGUAUCUGAAGAAUCCUAAAGCGACAUUUGAAGCGUUUAAACACGGAUGGCUCAACACGGGGGACAUGGGUGUGAUUCAUUCUGAUGGGCACAUAGAGAUCAAAGAUAGGUCAAAAGACAUCAUCAUCUCGGGAGGCGAAAACAUAAGCAGUGUUGAAGUCGAGAAUGUUCUUUACAAGCACCAUAAAAUUCUUGAGGCCGCGGUGGUCGCCAUGCCUCAUCCUGUGUGGGGAGAAACCCCGUGUGCUUUCGUUGUUCUAGAAAAGGGUGAGACUAAUCAAGGAUAUCGUGAAGAUAAAUUGGUGACCAAAGAAAGAGAUUUGAUUGAGUAUUGCCGUGAGAACCUGCCUCGAUUUAUGUGUCCGAGGAAGGUCAUGUUCAUGGAAGAACUGCCAAAGAACGGCAACGGGAAGAUCCUUAAGCCUAAGCUCAGAGAUAUGGCUAAAAGUUUGGUUGUCGAUGAUGUCAGUUCCAAGAAAAUUCAACAGCACGAAGAGGAAUUUAAUGGUGAUUGCCUUACUUCUCGACUUUGAGUUUCUGUAUGCAUCUACGAGUCUUUAAACAUGUGUAGUUGACAACUCAAAGUUGUGGCCUAGUUUUAUG